GAAUUUCUUUAUAUACCUAGAUCAUAUUUCUCCGAAUCAUGUUCAACACUGCUAAAAGAGCUUUGAUCUCAAACCAGAAAUCAGUGCUUAGCCAAGCCAGAUUUAAAUCUUCGUUACCAUUGAAGGUACCAAUCACCUUGCCAAACGGAGUUACUUACGAACAACCAACUGGUUUGUUCAUCAACAAUGAGUUUGUCUACCCCCAACAAAAGAAAACCUUGGAAACCAUCAGUCCUUCUACGGAAGAAUUGAUUACCGAGGUUUACCAAGGUUCUGCCGAAGAUGUGGAUAUUGCAGUCGAAGCCGCUGAUGAUGCUUUCAAGAACAGUGGUUGGGCCACCGGCGACCCAAUGCUCAGAACCAGAGCCUUGGCCAAGUUAGCCGACUUGUACGAAGAACACAGUGAAACUUUGGCUCACAUUGAAUCUUUGGACAAUGGUAAGUGUAUCAGCGAUGCCAGAGGUGAUGUUAAAUUGGCUGCCAGUUGUCUCAGAUCUGCUGCCGGCUGGGCUGAUAAGAUUUCUGGAGAAUUGCUCGAAACUGGUGAUACUCACUUGAACUACACCAGAAGAGAACCCAUCGGUGUGUGCGGUCAAAUUGUUGCCUGGAAUUUCCCCCUUUUGUUGUUGACCUGGAAAUUGGGUCCUGCAGCUGCUACUGGUAACACCAUGGUAUUCAAGUCUGCUGAAGCCACUCCAUUGUCUGCUUUGUACGUUGCUCAGUUAUCUAAGGAAGCUGGUUUUCCACCUGGGGUAAUCAAUGUGGUUACUGGUUUGGGAACGACCGUCGGUAACAGAAUCACCGAACAUCCAAAGAUCUCCAAGAUCUCGUUCACUGGUUCUACUGCUGUUGGAAAGCACAUUAUGAGAUCUGCUGCUGAAUCUUUGAAGAAGGUCACAUUGGAAUUGGGUGGUAAAUCUCCAAAUAUCGUGUUCAACGAUGCUGAUAUUCCAAGAACUGUGCAAAACAUUAUCAACGGUAUUUUCUACAACACCGGUGAAGUUUGUUGCGCUGGAUCCAGAUUGUACAUUCAAGAUGGAAUCUACGAUGACCUUAUGGAAGCUUUGCUCAAGGAAGUUGAAGGUAUUAAAAUUGGUGACCCAUUUGACCCAAGUACCAGAAUGGGUGCCCAAAACUCUAAGGCUCAAUUCGACAAGAUCUUGAAGUACAUUGACAUUGGUAAAAAGGAAGGAGCUGAAUUGGUUGCUGGAGGUGAAAGAGCUGGAAGCAAGGGUUUCUUCGUUAAGCCAACUAUUUUCGCUGGUGUUACUGAAGACAUGCAAGUUGUUCAAGACGAAAUCUUUGGACCUGUUGUCACUGUCAGCAAGUUUAGCGAUGUUGCUCAAGUUAUUGAAUGGGCCAACGACUCCAACUACGGUUUGGCUGCUGGUAUCCACUCCAAUGAUGUUAACAAUGUUCUUAAGGUUGCCAACUCUUUGAAGGCCGGUACUGUCUGGUGUAACACUUACAACGAUUUCAAUGCUUCCGUUCCAUUCGGUGGUUACAAGCAAUCUGGUUUCGGUAGAGAAAUGGGUAAAGAAUCUUUGGACUCUUACACCCAAACUAAGGCUGUCAGAAUCGCUCUUCACUAAAUUAGUUAUGUAGUUAUCUCCUAUAGGCAAUGAAAAACACAUUCGGUUUGCACA